ACCCUUCGGAACGAAUUGCAGGCAUCGCUGGAAACGAAGAGAUCAGAAUCGGAGAAGGAGAAAAUGAGUUGGGUUUGGUUGGAAGCUACUCUUCCGCUAGGAAUCAUAGCAGGAAUGCUUUGUGUUAUGGGCAACGCUCAAUAUUACAUUCACAGAGCCGCUCAUGGCCGACCGAAGCACAUUGGGAACGAUAUGUGGGAUGUUGCGAUGGAAAGAAGGGACAAGAAACUCAUGGAGCAAGCCUCUUCUGCUUCUCCGAAUUGACCCGGUUGUUCCGUCAGCAUGCUUCUGAAA